UACGUUCCUUCCCUCCCAUUUGUCAUCUUAUCUUCUGCGAUUACUGGUAAAGUGAGAAAUCCGUUAAUCCCUAGAGAAACUGUAAUCGUCGCGGUGAUUCGGAGAAAUUCUUCUGCUUCCGCGGAAAAUGUCACUAACCCAGAUCGUGAAUCCAAUCAUAUAUCCAUCUCGCACAAUUCCACGGCGUUUCACGGCGAUCUCGCCUUUUAAAACCCUAAGUCCCCAAUUUUCCCGCCACCCACCUCACGCACUGUCUCGUAGACUCUUCCUUCCUUCUGUUUCCUCUAUAUGGGAUGCCAUAACCGGCGGCGGAGAUUCGAACCCUCGUGAGGCCAUCGCAGCGGUUCGACGCGGAAUGCAGCUCUUCAGACAGGGUGAUGUUGCUGGAUCGGUGGCAGAGUUCGAUAGAGCAAUCAUUUUGGAUCCCAGGCAAAAGGCAUAUCUUUGGCAACGCGGGCUUUCUCUUUACUAUGUAGAUAGGUUUGAAGAAGGUGCAGAGCAGUUCCGGAUAGAUGUUGCUCAGAAUCCUAAUGACACAGAGGAGUCCAUUUGGUGCUUUAUCUGCGAGGCGAGGCUCCAUGGUGUUGAUGUUGCACGAACACAGUUUCUCGAGGUUGGUAGAGAUUCUCGGCCUGUGAUGCGAGAAGCUUAUAAUCUAUUCAAGAAUGGUGGUGAUCCUGAAAAGGUUUUGAGACAUGUUUCUUGAUAAUUGAUAUCAUUGAUUUAUUUCCAUCAAACGAUCUUAAUACUCUGAUUUUGAAAUACAGUUAGUAAAUGACUUCUCUAGCGGUCAAGCAAGCGAAUACUUCUAUGCUUCUCUGUACGCAGGGCUCUACUAUGAAGCUGAGGGUAAAUCAGAAAACGCAAAGUUUCAUUUAACCGCGGCUUGUGGAUCUCCAUAUGGGCAGAGGUCUGAUGAUUAUAUGGCUUCACUUGCUAAAGUCCAUUGCCUUUGUAGAAACUGGAGCUCCGGUAUUCUUUGAACCGGUUCAUGGUUUUGUGGAGCCAACAUAUUAGUUAUUAAGGCCCAAUUUUUGAAAUAUCAGCCCAAUUAAAAAUUGGACCUGGGUUUGCGAUUUCCAACCUUUAUUUAUGGGCAUGAAUAAAGAAAGUACCAUUCACAAACAUUAUAACAAAUAGGCAACAUUGUGCCAUUUUGGAGUACCAUUCACAAACAUUUUAACCAAAUUAUUGUAGAAAUUUUCGUACCAAGUAUCUUAAUCUGGAUAAUAAUUUCACUGAACGUUCUGUUUAAUAUACAUU